AUGCUGGACUUCCUCAGCUUCCCCCGCGAGAUCCGCGACAAGAUCCUCGAACAAAUCCCGCUGCUCCCCCGCCGCGCCCCGCACCCCUCGGACCUUAACAAGACAGAUCGCAUGGCCGUCAACGACCGGUACUACUCGGGAGCCUGGGAGGCCACCACCCGCGUCUUCUUCGGGAAGCGCCAACGCCUCGCCAACCCCCUCCUGCCCCUCCUCCUCGUCAGCCGACAGCUGCACGACGAGACGAAGGACAUGAUGCGCAGGACUAUAGAAACGAAAAACCCCCCGGAUUACGUGCUCGACCUCGUGUACCUGCGCGACUGGACACUGUGGCCCACCUGGCUGUCCGUGCCGAGGCUGGCAGAUCGCAUCGGCACCGUGUACGCGCAGUUCCGCAUCUUCGAUGCACUGGCGCAUUUGGCGACGCCUGUCCCGGAUGCCGGGGGACGCGGUAUGCACCAGAUCGGCUGCGGGGGCCCUCAACGCGCGGUGUGGUUGUGGUAUCAUGUUCUCGUCGGCUUCCUGCGACACGGCCCCGCGGCUCUGGACGGGCAGGCUGAGCAGAGGCCGGUCUCGGUAAGGGCGCUGGUGCUGGAUUUCGUGACGCCGGAGGAGGGGGAGGGCGGUGCCGGUCUGCUCCCGCUCGGGGCCUGCCCUAGGAAUCCUUGGCGGCUGACGAAGACUGAUAACCCCGGUGACGAGCCAGCGGUCCGCGACUAUUAUGCCCCGCGAUGCCUGGACCCCGAGGACGAGGCCCCGGCUCAGGCGACGGAGGAGAAGACGCUGCCGGCUCUGUAUCUGGCGUACUACGUUCGGAGAUUGCUCAGGAUGAUGGCGCAUUUCAUCCACAAGUACGAUCUACAGGGCAGGAUUCUGUACGAGACGGUGGGCGAGGUCGAGUUCCGGCUUGAUGGAAGGCCAAAGUGGCGCGUUGACAUCGCGGCGAUGCUGGCGGAGGCUUCUAGUGAGGGUUAUGCGACGACGCACCCUGAGGAGCACGCGGAGUGUGUGAGGUGGAAGCGGGGGACUGUUGAGAGGCGUAGGAGGGCUGGUCUGCCGAUUAGGGAAUCUUGA